AUGCCAAGUGCUGGAAUCUUACCUUCUCUCAAGAUGAGACCUCCGGUUCAAGUUCCUUCACCCUCUGCAGCUGCGCAUUCUCUGUCAUCUCACCUUUCUCAUCGUGAUGAGGUUCGUACUAUCUUCAUUAUGGGUCUGCCUGAAGAUGUCAAAGAGAGAGAGUUGCAGAAUUUUCUGAGAUGGCUUCCAGGUUUUGAAGAUUCACAUUUGAGCUUCAAGGGAGAUAAGCCCAAGGGUUUCGCACUCUUCUCAACUGUUAAAUUUGCAGUUGCUGCCAAGGAUGCCCUUCAGAAAAUAGUUUUUGACGCUAAGUUAAAGUCCUUCUUGCACAUCGAGAUGGCAAGGAAGAAUCUUGUUGUUAAAAGAGUAGUUACAGAUUCUGAUUUUGACAAGUAUGGAGGUUUUCCUGUUCCUCCAGUACUUUCAUUGCCAAUUCCAGCUUCUGUAGCAUCUCCUAGUUUUCAUGUGUCAGUUAAAGAAGUCUGUUGCGAUGAAAAAUCUGCAGUAAAUGGUGUACACGAGGGAUCCAGGGAGUCGAUCACAAAGGGGUGCAGAGUUGACAAGUCUGGAUGCUUCACGUUAUUUGUUGAAAAUUUACCAGAGAAGAUUCAUUGGGAGAGGUUUGGAUCUCUUUUUUGCUCUCAUGGUCGGGUACUUGAUGUUUUUAUUCCAAAUAAAAGGAAUUCAAAAGGAGUUCGCUUUGGUUUUAUUCGCUUCGCAUCAAUCGAAGAAGCAAGGAGAGCAAUCUCAAAAAUGAAUGGCUCUCGUAUCGACGACAACAAAAUUGGUGUUGCUUUUAAUUUGCAUUAUGUUCUGUUGCGCUAUUUUAUUCCUACUGUUGGUGGUGUAAUUAGAAGUAAGUUUCGAGAAGAUGAUGGUUGA